CCUUGCGCCGCAUGGUGGGUUUUCAACCGAAGCUCAGAAGCCCACAAUGGACCCCUGAAAAAGGUGUCAUCAAAUGUAAACAAGUGAAUCGGAAGAAAACAUGCUGGAAAAAAAUCUUUAGCAGAGUAACUGACCAAGAAGGGGAAAAUGAACAGAUGGUGUCUGCUGAAACAGAGAGCGGUGUUACAGAUGCUGCAGCUGCCUUGUUGUCCAUCAUUACAGAGUCUAUGAAUCACAGCUGUUCGUGCCCUGAGCCAGUACAGUCCAGGCUAAGUCCUGAUGCAGAGCCUGUUCCUUCAUCUGCUGACAUAGAGUAUGAAGAUUUUGAAUUUGAGUUAGUGGCUGAAGUACACCUUUCUGAUUCCGUGGACUCUCUUUGCUCUCUCAGCCGUUUUGGAAGGGUCACAAAUUGGAGAAACAAGUCAGCAUUUCUUGAGCUGCCUUCUUGUCAGAGAAGAAAGUCGCUGUUUGGAAACAGUACUUCAAAUAGUAUCCAAAGCUUAGCAUACAGGAACAGAACAUGUUCGGAUUUGCUUCAGAAUUUGCCCAUCCUUUGCUCCUCUUCCUUGGAAUCAAUGGACUGCCUGAGGCCUGAGCGGAGUAGAAAGUCAAGGACAGUAGUUUUAAAAGAUGUUAAUUUGCACCGUCUUGAUGUAAGGACUAAGGGUACGGAUAUAAUUACAGAAAACAAAUGGUUUCCAUCCGUUAUGUCUGAAGUGGUGAGGGAACCACAUUUGACUGUUGAACAAUGCGGUUCAGACUCGUACUUGGAUAACUCUUAUAUUUUUGAAAUGGGUAAGGCACCCAUGACAUUUGUGGAUUCCCUUGCAAACAGAUUGGCUGGUGAUGAAAAAAAGCCAGAAACUUCCAAUGUUAAUGACUGGGCUGUUGCACUUGGUGGUGGAUCUGGAGUGUCCAACGGGCAUGAGAGACCUCUGACAGGAGAAGGGGGUUCUACAUCUGGCAGUCAACCCUCACAGUCCUUUAGUAGUACUGAGGAAAUUGCUGAUUCCAAUCCUUCCUUUUACUCUCAGAAUGUUUCGACUACUUCCAGUGCAUAUUCCACUGUCGAAUAUGGUGGGUUGGAUAUUUACGACCCCUUUCACCCCACAGAUGAAGAAAAUGGUGAGAUGGAGUACGAGCCAGAAGAGUCAGCAGAGGAGCAGCUUAAAGAAGAACAUGACGAUCAAAAGUAUGACCCUUUUGAGCCAACUGGAUCAAACCCUAGCUCUCCUGAAAGUAACUCUGCCUUAAAUUUUGAAAAGGAAUCCUCCCAAGACAUGGAAACAAACACAGAAAUGCAUGUUGACACCCAUCAGGAAAGUUCAGAGUGGUGUAUUCCCUCUUCAGAAGAAAAAGAAGAGCCUAUGGAUGGUUUUGCAAUUGAACCUUCUACUGUGUCACGUGAAAGUAUAAUUGAGCCUCUAACCCCAACUGAUGCGUACUCCCCAAGUGCUGAGUAUGCAUCUGAAGAACAUGAAGGUAUAGUAGAACCUCUGACCCCUACAGAUGCAUAUUCCCCAAGCACCGAAUAUAUAUCUGAAGCACAUGAAAGUACAGCUGAACCUCUUACUCCAACGGAUGCAUAUUCCCCUAGUGCUGAAUAUAUAUCUGAAGAACAUGAUGGCAUAGUUGAACCUCUGACCCCUACAGAUGCAUAUUCCCCAAGUAUUGAAUGUGUGUCUGAUGCACAUGAAAGUGUAGCUGAACCACUUACCCCUACAGAUGCCUACUCUCCAAGUGCAGAGUUUGAAUCUGUCCCACAGGACGAUACAAUUGAACCUUUGUCUCCUACAGAAGCCUAUUCCCCAAGUGUUGAGUAUGCAUCAGUAGAUGAUAGUGGCAUAGUUGAAGUUGAACCUCUCACCCCCACUGAUGCAUAUUCUCCAAUUGAAGUAGAAGAUUUGUCUUCUGAUUCUGCCCCUGAAGAUGAAGCCUCGUGCCAGACUGGCAUUGAGUUAAGCCCAGUGUGGAAGUCUGAUUGUAACCAGGAAACCCAAAACUUAGAAUGUGAACCAGUUCAUAAUGAAGAGAGAAAAGAACCUGAAAAUAUGCUGAGUGAGACUGCAGGCACCACUGAAGAACCAUGCAUCUCUCCAGUACCAGUAGAAGAAAAUACAUCAGAACAACCUGAGCCUUCAUUAACUCCUGAAAAAACAAAAGUAAUAUCUCUAGAGAUCCCUGCUAGUAAGAAAGAGCAAAGAACUCAUAAAACAUCCGAGAGUGAUCACAAAACAAAGAAGGAGGUACGGGUCAGUCCAGAGCGUAGAACAGGUGAUGGUGAGGAACCUGAGCACAAACCUUAUUCAAGACCACAGAGAAUGACCAUCACUAUUACUGAUACAAGAUCUCGGCAUAAAUCACGACAUUUUUCUGACAGAAGAGAUGAAGGGGAUUAUCUCUAUGUGGACUCAGAAAUUGAAGAAGGAGAAAUUGUGCAGCCUGAAGAAGACCGUUUUAGUCCUGUGAGAACAUUCCGCAGUAGGGGAAGAAUCUCUGAUCGACCCAUUAGAGUAGUAGAAGGAGAUGAUUUUUUAUCACUGCAUGCGGAUUCUGAUGAAGAGAGAGCUUUGCAGAUAGACUUUGCUGACGGACAGUCCGAUACAAGAUGGAAGGGAAUAGACUUGAGGAGAAAGAUCACAAAUCAGAGAAGGGAGAGAUAUAGGAAGCGUUCAAGAUCAAAGACCCCCGUCAAAAAACGUCAAGGGUCACGCUCUGCAUCCAGUUCUCGAAGUCGAAAGAAGGCAAAGAAAGCACGCAAUAGAUCUAAAUCUGUAGAAAGAAAACAUUCAAAGUCUAAAGAGGCUCGUUCUAAGGCUAAAUCAGCAACACGCAGAAAAAAAUCUAAGUCUCGGGAUCGCAAGCAAUCUGGCUCUAAAUCACGUCGUAAGGUGUCAAGAUCCCAUUCUCGAGAUCAUAGGAGAUCACGAUCCUGGUCCCCUUCACUUAGCACCAGUGUUUCAAUUGUUGAUUCUUCACGAACAUCAGCAGAAAGGCGAAGAAGCAGACGGUCUAGAUCAAAAGGCAAAGUCUACCCAAAAUCACGAUCUGCCAGUGAUGACAGGGCCAGAAAAAAUAAAUAUAGGGACAAGCAUCAUGCAGAUGAUAAAAGCCACAAAAGGAAACGGUCUAUAUCAAAAUCAAGGGACAGAGAAAGGAGAUCAGAUAAUUAUUCAAGAAGGUCAAAAGAAAGGCACGAAAAAGAUAAAGAUCUGAAGAGAGACCGUUAUUCUGCUAUUGACAGAAAGCCAGAAAUAUCCUUAACAGAUAGGAGAAGGGACAGUAGAGGGGUUGUGCCCCCUUCAAUUCAGGACCUAAAUGAUGACCUUUAUACAAUCAAGAGAACAAUAACUGUAAAUCGUGAUGACCGACUGGAUGACCACAGUGAUUUAUUGGAUUCUUUGGAGAGAGGUGGCAGACGAGAAGUCCUUUAUGACUCUGAAGGUUUAAGUUUUGAAACCAGCUUUUCUGACCGGGAACAUCCAGAUGACAGAGAUAGCAAGGGCAACCGACUGUUGGGUAGACAUUUAAGUAAACUUGAAAGCGGGAAAAGGAGAAGUGAUUAUGACAAGAGAUGGAAGGAGGAGGAUUACAAAUUGAAAUUGUCCAGGGAGACCGAGCGGAAGCGAUCCCGCGGUGAAGAGAAGUCCAGCCGGGAAAAACGCAAAAAGAAAGUAAGAGAGUCAGUAGACUUGGACAUUGUCAAAGCUGAAAAAGAAAGAGUGUAUACAGAAAAAGAAAAAACUGGUAAGAAAAUUAAGUCUGGUCACAAGAAUGGAAAAGAAGGGCCAACACGGAAGGUCAAACUUCAGUCUAAAGUGGCUGUCUUGAUUCGUGAAGGUGUCAGUAGCACUACCUCAGUUAAAGAGGCUGGAUCCAUUGGAGUAAAGUUUAGUCGAGAUAGAGAGAGCCGGUCACCUUUUAUUAAAUCAGAAGAGAAUGUGGACAACUUGACAGUCACCCGACCAAAGAUGGAGAUUCCAGACACUAAAGAAGUUGUUGUAAAACCUAAGAAAGUGAAAAUUGUCAAGGUUAAGACGGGUGUCAAAAAGGUUAAGGCAGUUGCAGCACAGGGCAAGUUAAAAGGGCCAGAAAAGAAAAAGAAAAAACUAAAGCCAAAGGGUACUUUGAAGAAGUCAAAAGCAGACAGUUGCAGCAAGGAGCCUUCCAGUCCAGCAGUAGUAAAGGCAGAGUCUCCAUGGUCUGAUUCCGAAAAGUCUGACAAUAAGGGGAAGCCACCCAGUCCACCCAAAGCAGCAAAUGAGCAAGAGUUAACCCCAGAUUCUCAGACUGUUGACAGUAGCUGUAAGACUCCAGAUGUUUCCUUGCAACCAGAGGAGCCAAAGGAGGAGCAGAAGAUUUCAGAGGUCCCUGUGGUUGACAGUCUGUCAGAAGUGAAUGAGGAGCAGGCACGAAGCUCAGGAGCAACUACUGUGCCAUGGAAUCUGCAAACUGGAAUGGACACUGCAAGUGGAGUGUUAGCCUUGACAGCAUUACUGUUCAAGAUGGAACAGGAAAAUCUGGCCAGCCGGGCAAAAGCGAAAGAGCUAAUUCUUAAUAGUCAGAUAUUAAAUCCUCCAAAACCAUCAACACCUCUGAGUUCUCAUGGCUCUUCAUCAGCUUUUGUGCCUACACCACAACCCACUGCUUCGUACGCUCUUCAUAGCAGUUUACCCCUGACAAGCUCCUCCACACCAUCCACGCCCCUUGAUAUUCCGAGCAGUGUUGUGCAGACAUGUGCUAACACAUCAGGAUACUACUACACAACAUCCUCCAAUAUGGAGUCUGCCAAGGAUGAGCUCGGUUUGAUCUACCCUGAUGGAAAGGCAGAUGCAGACAAGGAAGUUGAAGACCAUGGAGAAGGGAAGACUGGCUCCCGUGGUUCCACUUCACUGAAGUAUAUGAAGAAGUUGCACAUGCAAGAGCGAGCAAUAGAGGAAGUGAAACUGGCUAUUAAGCCCUAUUAUCAGAAAAAGGAGGUCAACAAGAAUGAGUACAAAGAUAUUCUGCGCAAAGCAGUGCACAAGAUCUGUCACAGCAGGAGUGGCGAAAUCAAUCCAGUGAAGGUGAACAAUCUAAUUAAAGCUUACGUCCAGCGGUACAAAUACUUUCGAAAGCAUGGCAGGAAAAUGGAUGAAGAGGACAGUGGCAGAGACAAGUUCCCUUUGCCUCCUAUGUAAAAGAAACACUUCAGAAAAAUAUAAAUAUUUUAUAUACAGUUUGCUGAGAGCUGCUGAUAACAUUUUUCUGCAGGGCUGCCCUGUGAAGAUGAAAGAUGUCCUCCUUUUAAUAUGAGUAACAGCAAGCAAAGGCGUCAUCCCAUCCUGGUAGCGUUUUCAUCAUUUUUAAGCACUCUGGCUUGCUUCACUAUGAACUAUUUUGAGUUGUAGUUCCUAAAUGUUUAUGCCUAUUUUUAAUUUACACUGUAAAUAUAUUUGCCAUUCAAACAGAGCUGAUUUCUAAGUUAAAUUUUUGGUUCACUGUACCCUUUGCCCCAACAUCAGACGUAAUUUUGCAUGUUUUUUUUUUUUUUGUUUUGUUUUGGUUUUUUUUUUUUUUUUUUUUUUUUUUUUUUUUUUUUUGUAAUAUUGUUUUAUCUGUUCGGUUCUGUCCUUAGAAAAAAUAAAGCCCAACUGUUGUAACUAUGUUGUUUUAAUGUGCCUCUCUAGGCAGUAGUAGUGUAUUUACUUUAAUCAUUAGUUUUAUAUGAAAAACUUGAGAGCUUUCUCAAGCAUAAAAAGGUACAAGCUACCUUUAAAUAUAAAUUGGAAGCAAGUAUGUCUUAAAUUAGACACAUUUUUUUAAAUAUAUUUAAAUUCAGGAUGGCAGAGUGUAAAAAAGAAAAUUUUAAUUUGAUUGAUGUUACAGAUUUGUUUACUGUCCCAAAGCUUUAUAAAAACUCCUUUAAGUAUGGUAAUAGAGUGGUAACAUCUAUACAAAAUAUACUGGUAAUGUUUAGAAUAUGUCAUGCAACAAAAAAGUAAGAAUUCAGUCAUAAGUCUGUAUGUAGAUCCCUAUCAAGAUGAUCGAGUUUUCUGAAAAUUCAAACUUCCAAAAAAAAAAAAAUCUAACUUUUUUACGUUUUUGCACCUCCAACACUCCCUGCAAAUUAAAUAUACCAACUCCGAGAUCACACUAUAUUGAAAAAAAGGGUUUAUUUCCCAUUCCAUACUGAACCACAAUCUCCAUUCAGAACCUUCGAGUGUUUGGAAACUCGUUCAUAUGGUCUCGACCAUAUGAAUUUUGAGUUUUUGAAAACUUGAUCAUCUGAUAGGGAUCCAUAUAUAAUGUACUCACAUGUGUGUGUAUGUUUUAUAUAUUUGAGGCAGUCUCAUAAGUGCAAGCUGAACAUCUCAACAGUAGCAGUUUAACACAAGCAUCUUGGGUCAAGUAUUUAGUCAAAGUAGGUGGACUUUAUCAAAGCCUUUCAUAUAUGUGUAUAUAUAUUUUAGCCAUUUUGACCCAUAAGCUUAUGGAGCCCCUUCGUGGAAGCUGGGAUCAAGUUUGCCGUACUUGCCCUAAACAUGAAGUGUACAGUUUGUGUUUUAAGUCUGCAUUUUAAUUUAAAUAUGUGGCAUAAAAUAAAGUUUUUAGACAUCCAGUGCUUUGGGAUGGUUCAAAACCACA